UCGCGAGAUUCGACGGCGCUGUGCAAGCUUGGAGUCGUUUUCAUACUUAACCUGUCAGCUACUUCAGCCGGUUUAAUUAACAGACGACCUACUUCACAGCAAACUACAGCCGCGUUUGUGUCCAUAGCUUGGUUUUGUGCUUUUAAAAGGAACGGAGCCGCUUCGGGGACUUCUCGUCGCCCCUCGAUGGGGUCUUGAGUUAGCUUGAGGCUAAUGUUAGCUUCCAAACAUCAACAGGAAGUAAAGAGCUAGUCCUUUUCAAUGUCUUCUUGUACUUUGAGUUCUCCAGGGGAAAACCACCCUUCGUUUGAGGGCAAGAAGUGGGGAGGUGAAGACUUCGGUAUGAACUGUACCCUAGAGAAGGUCCUGGCAGAUGCCAAAUCUUUAGUGGAAAGGCUGCGUAACCAUGACAACGCAGCCGAGAUGUUAAUCGAGCAGACGACGUCUCUCAACAAACGGGUGGACGCCAUGAAACAGUACCAAGAGGAGAUCGACGCGUUGAACCAGGUGGCACGCCAUCGGCCUCGCUCCAGUCUGGUCCUGGGAAUCCAGCAGGAGAACCGGCAGAUCAGAGAGCUGCAGCAGGAAAACAAAGAGUUACGGACGUCAUUAGAGGAACACCAGUCUGCGUUAGAGCUCAUCAUGACUAAGUACAGGGAGCAGGUGUUCAGGCUUCUCAUGGCCAGCAAGAGGGACGACCCGGCCAUCGUCACCCAGCUGAAGGAGCAGCACACCACGGAAAUGCAAGCACACAUAGACAAGAUCAAUGAGAUGGCCUCGGUGAUGAGGAAGGCGAUCGAGGUGGACGAGGGGCGGAUAUGUGAAGACGAGGAGAGGAUCAAGCAACUAGAGCUGGAGAACAGCGGCCUCCGGGAGCUGCUGGGAAUCAGCCGAGAAGCUUUCCUGGUCCUGAAGAGAGACGACCCGUCAGACAGCACGUCGCUGUCGCCCCUCCUCACCAGCGCCGACGUCAGUUUGCGGAAGAGUUAGACCUCGGCCCCCCCACCCCGACCCCACUACUGUCCCGACUGCUGCCACUAUAGUUUACAGCCUGUACAGUCCGUUGCCACACACCACCUCACCUCCGCCCGGCACCGCGCUCCAGAGCUGCGCCUCUCUCCGUCAGCUUCGUGCCGCCACGUCUUUCUCUUUCUUGUUUUGGUUUGUCGGUGUCAGUGUAAUGUCUGCUUUUUUUUGCCAGCAUGCAUGAGCCUGUGGUGCCUGCAAAGACUCUGAAGUGUGAAUGAGUGAACAGAAGGGCUUGAGAUGAAAUAAAUACGCCUACAUCCAG